AUGUAUACUUACAACAAAUUUGGUUCACGUAAUUCUAGUGCCAUCAGCAAAAGUCCUCUCAAAUCAAUCCACUCCCAAAACUCCGGUAAGACCAAUAGCAACAAUAGAGGAUCUCAAAGACCACAUACUAAAGAAGAGGAGUUAGAUUAUUGCAACAAUUAUGUCCAUACUGGUAUUCCUGCAACCAAAUAUAUUAGAAACAUUAAUAAUCCAAUUGAAGGCUAUCCAAAAUUAGCUAAGUUGCAUCAAUUAAAACGUCAACAAGUUAAAAAACAUGCACUUCAACCAUAUGGGGUAAGAAUCAGUUCAGAUAAAAUUGUUCCUACUUUAAACCAUUGGAUUGAUGCUUAUGGAUUAAAAUUUGAUGUCAUUAUGAUUGGAGCUUUGGUUGAAAAUCAAUUCAUUUUACCAAUCUUAAAUAGUAUUCCAAUUUAUAAAUUAUGUGCAAAGCCGGGAUUCCUUUUCAUUUGGGCUACAACCCAAAAGAUUCAAGAAUUAACUAAUCUUUUAAAUAAUGAUAAUUUCAAUAAGAAAUUUAGAAGAUCUGAAGAAUUGAUUUUCUUACCUACUGAUAGUAAAUCACCUUACUAUCCAGGCAAUUAUGGAGAUUUAGAUUCAAUUCCUUUGUUUGAAAAACAACAAUGGCAUUGUUGGAUGUGUAUUACUGGUACAGUAAGAAGAUCAUCCGAUAAUCAUUUAAUUCAUUGUAAUGUUGAUACCGAUUUACAAAUCGAAAGUCCUACAAAACCAAAUGGCGAAUGCUUCAAUGCAGUUCCAGAAGCUAUCUAUCGUGUUGCAGAAAAUUUCUCCAACUCCAAUAGAAGAUUACAUUUAAUCCCAUCCAAGUUGGGUAAGAACACUCCAAUUAAAUUACGUCCCGGAUGGGUCAUCAUGGGACCAGAUGUACUUCUCAACAACUUCAAUCCUGCUAAAUAUCAAGAAGAAUUAUAUGCCAAGUCGAUGAUCAAAUACAAAGAGCCCAAUGGUUCUGGCGGUAUGGCUGGCUAUAAUAACCAAUUGCAUACCCAGUUCUUGGUUCCUCAAACCAAUGAAAUUGAGGAUUUAAGACCCAAGAGUCCAGUAAUCGCUGCAAAAUAA